CCCACCCUGCAAGGCCUGCUGGGAAAAUCUCUUGGCAAGCCGACCUGUGUGUGUGUGCACGCGUGUGCGGGGAGAUAUCGCUGAAAUAAAGAACAGGAAGAGAAGAUAGUAGUGCCUUCACAUACGCAAUUUUUGGCUCUCUCGCUGUGCAGCAAGUUCCUCUCCUGUCCCCAGCCGAAGGUCCGUGUCAUGGGCAAAGAGAAGGCCAAGUCUGGGUCCUUGGCUCGGAGGCCAGACAACUCAGCUUUCAAACAGCAGAGGCUACCUGCCUGGUCUCCCAUGCUGACAGCUAACACUGUGCUGCCUUUCUUCUACUUUAUGUCUUUGAUAUGUAUGCUGCUGGGAGUGUGGCUGCUUCUUACGGUACAGAGCACACAGGAAAUAAAGGUGGACUACACACACGCCGGGGAAUGCAACGUAUGUUUUGAAAUUCGUAAAAAUAUGAGCAAUGCAGGAGAGAGCUGCAUCUGCACAGUGGAGUUUUCUAUUGAGAAACCAUUCAAGGGAGAUGUCUUUUUCUAUUACGGCCUCCAGAAUUUUCAUCAGAACCUCCGUAGGUACAUGGACUCUAGAGAUGAUGCACAGAUGGUUGGCUGGAAGGAAAACUUGAAGAACCCCAGUAUAUAUUGCGAGCCAUUUAAAAAAGACCAGAAUGGACUCCCCAUUGCCCCCUGUGGUGCUGUGGCCAACAGUAUCUUCAACGACUCCUUCACUCUGACCUAUAUUGACUCCAGUGGUACAGAACAUAAGGUUCCUUUAUUACGGCGAGGCAUCACCUGGUACACUGAUAAAAAUGUCAAGUUCCGCAACCCGAAGGUGGACAACUUGACGUUGGCUCAAGUGUUUGAAGGCACAACAAAGCCGCUGUACUGGCAGAAACCAGUGUAUGAGCUUGAUCCCCACCAGGCGACCAACAACGGCUUCAUCAAUGAUGACCUGAUCGUAUGGAUGAGGGAGGCAGCCUUCCCCAACUUCAAGAAGCUCUAUGGGAUUUUAUACCGAGCCAAUAAGCCCUUCACUAAGGGGCUUCCAGCGGGGAACUACAAAAUCGAGAUAUCCUACAACUUCCCUGUGCAGUACUUCCGAGGCAGGAAGCAAGUGGUGCUGACCACGCUGACCUGGUUUGGAGGUCAGAACCAUUUCCUGCCCAUUGCUUACCUCGUAACCAGCAGCCUGAUCCUACUGAUCGCUGUCGUUCUCACGGUGGUGUGGUUGAAGUUUGGAAAGAAUGGAAAGAACAUGGAGGAAUGAAGAGUAAAAGGUGAUGAGGAGUGAGAUUGUGAAUGAAACUCACAAGCAGCUGAAAACUGAUAAUUGAUGUGCUGCUUAGGAGUUGAUUUGAAGAGACAACAAAUCCUAAAUGACAAGAACAUUGAUGUGAGCAAAUGAAGAAUAAGGAGAAUGGUUUAAAAGAGGAUGUUAAUUUGGUGCAAUACCAUAACAGCAUUUGCAGAAAAACCAAUGAAGGAUUUAGUUUGACAUCUGGAAAUGACUUUCCCUAAACUAAAUGAUCCACAUGUGUGACAGCUUUUGUUGGGAUGAUGUUGUUCUGAACAACCACUUGUGAAAGCUGGAUGUGUUAGCACAGGCUUUCUUUACUUGUUGAUUUUGUGCUUUUUUCAUUUUUUUAAAUACACACCAUUUUGACACACCAUAUCAUUUAGUUAAUAAUUAUAUUUAUUAUUACUUAAACAGUUUCUAAAAUCUAGUCCCUACGGCGUUGAAGCUGCAUUUCACGUCUCAGUAAAUGCAAAGUGGAAAAACUACACUUGUGAUGUAGAAUACAGAACACCUGCAAUCAGACGAUCCCUGUAAUGCAAAUUCUUAAAACUGAACAGAAGUACAGCUGCAUUAAGGUUAGCCAGCGAAGCUAGCGUUGUUUCUAUGUUGGUGUUAUGUGGGACUGUACGUGCUUAGAAUGCUAUUUUAUUUAAUCAAGAAUUUACAGCCAUGCCAGCAGCUCUGUGAGGGAAAGGGCAGGUUUGAGCUAAAUGCUGAAUGCAAACAUAGUGUUUUGCAGGUAUAAUGUUUACCAUGUUCACAGUCUUGGUUCACUGUGUUAGCACUGUACUAAGAUUUGCUAAUUGGCACUAAACACAAAGUACAACUUAAUGUCAUUAAAUUUGCAGGUAACAAUGCUUUUAUAAUAUAUAACAAUAAUGUUUUGUAUAUAUUUUUUGAACAAGGAAAAAAUGCUUUAUUAUCUACUGUGUAAUGUAAUUGUGAAGUCUAUGUAUGUCAGAAACAUGUAUGUGUAGGAACACAUCAUAAACAGACAUCAAUGAUAUAGAAGGUUCGAUGACAGAUGAAGAUUGUAAUAAAACAUUUUCUUUUAAAAACUC